UUACUUUCAGUAUUCAGUACGUAGUUAUCGUGUUACGUGUUCAAACCUAAAAAAUCCGUAUUAAAUAGGCGAAGAAUCUCAUUAAAGUUCAUAAAGUUGGAUCAAAAUGACUUCGAACGUUGCAGACUUUUACAAAAAUGCCCGGGUCUUUAUAACCGGUGGGACAGGGUUUUUGGGAAUUGCAAUAAUUGAGAAACUGUUGAGAUGUUGUCCGGAGGUUGGAAAAAUCUAUUUACUUGUGCGAUCAAAAAAGGGUAAAUCUAUUGAAACGCGUAUCGAGGAUUUGAUAAAAAACCCGAUUUUUGAAAGAUUGAUUGAGGAAAAGUCGGGAAGUGUUUUCACCAAACUUGAAGCAGUAGCUGGAGAUGUAGGUCAAGAAAACUUGGGGUUAUCAAAUAGUGAUCGACAAAAACUUGUUGAAAAUGUAAAUGUGGUCAUCCAUUCUGCGGCUACUCUUGACUUUAACGAAACACUCCGCCCAACCGUGAAUAUCAAUUUGCUUGGCACACGUCGUAUUAUGGAAUUAUGUCAACAAAUUAAGAAACUGAAAGCAGUGGUACAUGUCUCAAGUGCCUAUGUGAAUUCAUAUUUACUUGAAACUGAGGAAAUUUUGUAUCCUGCUCCAACAGAUGCAGAAAAGUUGAUCGAAUUGGUCAAUAAGAGUUCUGAUGAAGAAUUGGAAAAAAUAACUCCUACUAUUUUGAAGGAUCAUCCAAAUACGUACACAAUAACAAAGCAUCUUGCCGAACACGAAGUUAACAAAUGCGUCGCCAAACUCAAUGCUGGUGUCGGAAUAGUACGUCCAAGCAUGAUAACGGCAGCAUGGCAUGAACCUGUACCAGGUUGGACAAAUUCAAAGAAUGGACCACAGGGAUUUUUGAUGGGUGCUUCAAAGGGAGUGGUUCGGCGAUUACCAGUUGGAAAAUCUACAAUUUAUGAUUACAUUCCUGUCGAUGUAGUGGUUAACGAGAUUUUGGUAACUGCUUGGCACGUUUUCGAAAAUAGGGAUGGAAAACUCAAAAUUUUCCAUGCAACAAGCAGCACUACAAAUCCUUUCCGAUGGGAAAGUGUGGCUGAUAAUAUUCCAUACUACCUUCAUCAACAUCCAAUGCGCAGUGCAAUUUGGUAUCCCAAUUUGAAAUUCCACUCAUCUUUACUCAUGUAUAAAAUUUCCGCUAUAUUUUUGCACUUCUUACCGGCAAUUUUCUUGGAUUUACUUUUAAAAAUAACUGGUGGACGUCCCAUAUUGAUUCGUCUUCACAAGAAUAUCUGGAAUUCUUUGAAUUUAUUGGAGAAGUUUAUCUUUACGGAAUGGAAGUAUCACAACAAAAAAACAUUGGAACUCAGCUCUCAAUUGUCAGAUAAAGACAAAGAAGUAUUUUUCAUCGACAUGUCUACCUUGAAAUGGAAUGAUUACUUUGAAAAUCUAGCUAAAGGUGUACUCAGAUACUUGAAUAACGAACAUCCAAGACACUUGGAAGCAGCAAAGAAAAAGGACAAAAUGUUGUUCGUUGUGCACAUUGCUUUUCAAGUUUUGUUUCAUUGCUUGAUGUGGUGGCUUGUUUCCUGUUUUGUAGGCAUUUCAAUGUCCAAAAUUCCGUUUGUAGUACCAGUAUCUUAUGCUUUAUUCUCCUUGCUUUGAAUUGGCAGUAUUUUGUGUGGACGUUAAAAAUGGGUUGUUGGAUUCAAUUUGAACAUUAGCAUUAAAAUAAACAGAUAUUUUAUGAUUAU